UGGCGGCGCCCGAGAAUAUGCUGUUUUCGGAGAAGCUGAGCCACAAAAAGUACAGGGCCGCCCUGAAGAAGGAGAAACGAAAGAAACGGCGACAGGAACUCGCUCGACUGAGAGACUCUGGACUCUCACAGAAGGAGGAGGAAGAGGAGGCAGUGGCAGAUGCUUUGACUGAAGAACAAGAAGAAGAAGAGAGGCUGUUGGAGAGAGAGAGGCAAAAAUUACAUGAGGAAUGGUUGCUGCGGGAGCAGAAGGCACAAGAAGAAUUCAGAAUAAAGAAGGAAAAGGAAGAGGCAGCUAGAAAACGGCAGGAAGAACAAGAGAGAAAGUUAAAGGAAGAAUGGGAAGAACAGCAGAGAAAAGAGAGAGAAGAGGAGCAGCAGAAGCUACAGGAGAAGAAAGAAAGAGAGGAAGCUGUGCAGAAGAUGCUGGAGCAGGCUGAAAAUGAGUUGGAAAAUGGUGCCACAUGGCAAAACCCAGAACCACCCAUGGAAUUAAGAGUAAUGGAGAAAGAUCGAGCUAAUUGUCCAUUCUACAGUAAAACAGGAGCAUGCAGAUUCGGAGAUCGGUGUUCACGUAAACAUAAUUUCCCGACAUCGAGUCCCACCCUUCUUAUUAAAAGCAUGUUUACAACGUUUGGGAUGGAGCAGUGCAGAAGAGAUGACUAUGACCCCGAUGCAAGCCUGGAGUACAGCGAAGAGGAAACCUACCAGCAGUUCUUGGACUUUUAUGAUGACGUGCUCCCUGAGUUCAAGAAUGUGGGAAAAGUGAUCCAGUUUAAGGUCAGCUGCAACUUGGAACCUCAUCUGAGGGGCAAUGUGUAUGUUCAGUAUCAAUCGGAAGAAGAAUGCCAAGCAGCCCUUUCUCUGUUUAAUGGACGGUGGUACGCAGGACGACAGCUUCAGUGUGAAUUCUGCCCAGUGACCCGAUGGAAAAUGGCAAUUUGUGGUUUAUUUGAAAUACAGCAGUGUCCCAGAGGGAAACACUGCAACUUCCUUCACGUGUUCAGAAAUCCCAACAAUGAGUUUUGGGAAGCGAAUCGAGACAUCUACCUAUCUCCAGAUCGGACUGGCUCCUCCUUUGGGAAGAGCUCAGAGAGGAGGGCGAGGCUGGGCCCCCACGACGACUACUACAGCAGGCCGAGGAGGAGGAGGAGGAGCCCUGGGCUGGCCCACUCCUACAGGAGGAACGGGGAGGCCGACUGGAAGAGGAGGAGUAGUCACGGGGCCAAGAAAUCUCACAAACACAGGUCCAGAAGCCGGGGAAGGCACAGUUCCCGAAGCAGAGGAAGAAAAAGGGACCGCAGCCGUGGACGGGGCAGCCGGAGCCAUAGCCGCAGGAGCCGCAGCCAGAGCUCCUCCAGGUCCAGGAGUCGUGGCGGGAGGAGGUCAGGGAGCAGAGACUGA